GGCGCCGAAGGCGGCUCGGCCCGGCUGCAGGACGGCAGCGGCGCCUUCACCGUGCUGGGCGUGGAGCAGGUGCCGCAGGGCCGGCCGUGCCUCAGCGCAGGAAAGUAUGUAAUGGUGAUGGGUGUGGUGAGGUCCUGCAGUCCUGAGCCCAUUCUUCGAGCAAUAAAGAUGACAGAUCUCUCUGAAAACCCUGUCCAUAAGGAUAUGUGGAACCUUGAAGUGGAAGAUUUGCAAAGAGUCAUCCCCUAAUACUUUUACUUUCUGCCUAAAAUAACUGGAAAUUUGGUUUCUUUUGGUUCAGAACAUUGGACUGUUCUCUGUAACCACUCCUGGAGUAAAGCAAAGUGAGAAGUUGGGCUCAGUUAAGUGUUGGGACCAGUGCUUACCUGAUAAUAAUCACACUGUUCCAUGUCUUCAGUCUCUUUUUAUGCCAACAUAUUUGAGAAAUGCCUAUUUGAUGUUUUGAGUAAGAUGUCCACACUAUUAAAGGGCUGUAUGUUUC